AUGACGACCCAUAUAGCUAGGAAAACAGGUAUGACCACCUCUCCUACCAACACCACAGACACAACGACCCCAUUAGAAAAACAGAAACUCAGUCACGACCACUUCUCCUACCAACAGCGCCAUGAAGACCCUUCGGCUAGAAUCAGAGAUACGACCAACUCUCCUUCCAACACCGCCGACACGACGACCCCUUCAGCCAGAAACACUGGCACGACUAAUUCUCCUACAAACACCGCUGACACGACAUUUUCGGCUAGAAACACAGGCAGGACCACUUCUCCUAACACGGGCGACACGACGACCCCUUUGGCUAGAAACACAGCAACUUCAGCCAGCGCAUCAGUCCCUGAUACAACGGCCAAGGGUACGCUGGUCACUGAUACGACUAAUGGUGCUUCCCCUGACAAACAUACAAGUGAAACUACGACCGCUGACACUAUCCCUUCUGAUACUAUGGCUACUACAACCAUUUCAGCUGCUACAACAGCUGGUACAACCGCUAGCGCUACAAUUGCCACCACUGGGGCCUCUCCUCCCGCCAACUCGACAUCCACCCAUUCUACAGCUGUCAACAGUACUAUUAAUCUCACUGUCACACCCGGUGUCACGCCCACUGUCACGACCAGCGGGACCACCGGAAACGACACCACGACCCCCAGCACGACGGUGUCCCCGCACCUUCCCUCCUGCGGCUGCGGGUGCAAGACAAAUGUUACAUCUACCACCAUCAUCAGAUGCAAAAAGGGCACCAAAGGUUGCAAGAAGCGGGGCAGCGUCUUCCUGGAGGUAUUGCAGAGAAUCAAACGCAACUGAACCUCGCACUUUAAGAAUCGCCAAUGUUUUGCCAGGCUGAUUUCUUUGGGCGUUGGAUCGAAUCGUUUUAACCUUGAAAUAGCGAUUGCAAGUGACUGAGUGUAUUUAGACAAUAUCAUUCACCUUAGUAGUUUGGGGGACUCGAAUCUUAAAGAUCUUAUAUAUGAUUAUUACCAAAGUUAUCUUGUAAACAAUGCAUACACAUUUUAAAAGGCAUAUGUGAAUGAAUGCAUGCACAUAUACCAGGCACGUAUUUCUUAUUACUUCAAUCAAAGCAGUUAUGUUCAUAAUUGAAAUAAAAUAUUAUUUGAUAAUAUGAUCUGAGAAAUUGACAGGGCGAAGGCGUAGAGUGGCUCGCACCGUCUAACCGCAACCUCGGGUGAAUUUCUUCAUCGCUUAACGAAGUGCUUAUCAAGACAGUGGAGGCUUCGUGCGAUGCUUGGAAAUGUCUGCGAGUGGUCUCAGCGGGAGGCUUGCCUCACCAUGACAGUCCAUUCAGCUGUAGCCCAUCUGCCAGGCCCCUUGUGAAACACGCUUAAAACGGUAGCAGUGUCUUCUAUGGAAUGUUUGUAACAGAAAAAAAUAAAGUAAAU